AUGAGGAUUCAUGCUACCUCUCCCCUACGCGCAUUCUCCUGCUACAAUUCCUUGCGCCGGUACCAGCUGAAAGUCGAAUUUUCCACGACCGCCACGCGUACAAAGCGUCGGGAUAAAUGGAACUACAACACGUCUCCCUUGCUCACGACCGAGGACGGGGACUCCGCCCAGUACGACGUUGUCACUGCGAACGACUUGGAGUCGGCAGAACGCCCUCCUCGCGGUGUCAAGAUGCUUGUCCGAGAUUUCAUUGAGGAUUCCUUGUAUAAUCCUCAAUACGGGUACUUUCCCAAGCAAGCAACUAUUUUCGAUACUGCUGACACGCCGAUCGACUUUCAAGCAAUGAAAGAUGCAGUUCAGUUUCAAGAGGAAGUUGCGAUCAAGUACACUGCUUACGGGUCUGACAAGCACGCUGGUCCAGGAAAGCAAUUGUGGCAUACACCAACAGAACUCUUCAAGCCGUGGUACGGAAGAGCGAUAGCGCAAUGCUUGGUUUCUGAGUAUCUCCUCAAAUACUUCCCGUACGAGGAUUUCAACAUUUAUGAAAUCGGCGCUGGCAACGGAACACUGGCUCUAGAUAUUCUCAAUUAUCUCAAAGAAGAAUACCCGGACGUCUACGAGCGUACGCGUUACAAUAUCAUUGAGAUCAGCGCCAACCUAGUGAACCUUCAGAAAAGGAAGCUUCGGCCACUACAUCCAUGCGUUAGGGUCUUCCACAAAAGCAUCUUCCACUGGACGACACGAGAGCCGGCACCGUGCUUCUUCCUCGCCAUGGAAGUCAUAGACAACUUCGCCCACGAUGCCGUCAGAUACGAUCUCCGUACUUUCGAGCCACGGCAAGCGUCCAUUGUCGUGGACAAACACGGUGAUUUUGAUAUGAUGUAUACCCCCGUGACGGACCAUCUUAUUUCCUCCUUCCUGGACCUACGUCGGCAACUAGGGCAGCAGCCCUCCGUUUCCAGACUACUGCAACGGUUCCCCUCCCUGCGCAGCGUCUACGCAAACCUACCCUUUGCCGCCAAUCUCUCUCCCCCAGAAUUCAUCCCCACUCGCCUUCUCAGUCUCUUAAGAACGCUGCGGGCGCAUUUUCCGCGGCAUCGCCUCCUGCUCACCGAUUUUUCGUCUCUCCCGAACCAAAUCCCAGGGCACAAUGCCCCGGUUGUUCAAACACGGCUCCGGAACCUCACAGUGCCAUGUACAACGUUACUUGUCCAACCAGGCUACUUCGACAUCUUCUUCCCCACCGACUUCGACAUGUUGCGUAACAUGUACGAGUGCAUACUUUCCCAACCAUUGCCAUCGCAAACAGAUAACCUAUUCCCCGACCACCAUACACCCUUGACGGCGUCGGCGUCGUCGUCAGCAUUAGGAGCCAGCUUCUUUUCAUCGCAUCAUCCGAGCGAUAGACGAGCACCUAUGGACGGUGUUGCCUCUGCCAGUGGCCUGCCUGUAGGCGAAAGAAAGUCCAGCGUAUUCACUCAUUCAGAGUUCCUCGAAACAUAUGGUGAACUCGAUCGAACACGCCUUCAGAACGGAGAGAAUCCAAUGGUUGACUUUUACAAAAACGUGAAGUUCUUGUUCUGA